AUCUCUGUGACUUACGAUUGACCGGUGCACUGCUUGGUUCGUUUCCUUUGAUAAAAAGUCUCCUUAUAUUUUUCCCUCAUGGCAGAGGGUGGUUCACACUGGAAGCAAAGAUGGGCUUUGCUAUUACCCAUCUUGCUGUGCUUUAUAAUGAAGGCUACUGCCCUGGAGGCUAGUUUGUCUGAGCGAAAAUUCCUACUAUUCAAAGGAGUCGAGAGAAACUGGCCAACUUUUAUAUCAAGAGGCGCGACGGAAUCUCGAUGCUAUAGAGCGACGGCUAGCGAAAAAUGGAAAGCCUUCGAAAGUGGGACAAGGGUUGACGGGAACCGGGUCAGGGUUUCGACAUUUCUUUGCAAAAGCGUGGAAAAACAUCAUGUCCUCUGAAAUCCACGGUAAAGAGCAAGAGCCGGAAUCUGAACACAAGUCUUCGAACAUCAUGAUCCCUGCCUUGCAGAAAGCGGUUCACCAACUUCAAGAAGCCGCUAACGGUUACGGAAAUAAUGACGCUUUGCUUGUUUUGGCGGAAAUGAAUUUUUUCGCCACUUAUUCACAUCCUCGCGAUUAUCAUGCCG